UGAUAUGCAUAAAUUACUUAAGUUAAGAUUUGUUCCGAACGGACGGAUUUGUCUACAUGUCUCACGAUACAUUAGUACUACAAUUGGAUGUCUUAACUUAAAUGGUUUUAUGCAUAUCAGCGCUGGUCUCUGUAUUAAGUUAAGACAAAUAUACAUAUUUUUUAAGGACUUUACCAGAUUGACAGCCAAUAGUGAUCGACUCAAAGUGUCAAAUAUGACCAGCUUUGAAGAAUCAGUGAGAUUUAAAUAUAGACAGAGAACUGUCCCCCCAUUCUCAAUUAAGAGUGAAAACCAAACAGCCGUCCCAAGGAAACAAGCAUUUGUAUUGGAUACAAAGACAAUACGCAAUCACCUUUAUUCGACAAGAAAUGAGAAAAAUUUUACCUCCAAGUCUAAAGACAAUUUGAAGAGUGGAGCGAGAUGUAUUCUUUGUUCAUUACUAGGUGAAAAAGCAGAUAAAAAAAUAUGGGAAAAAGAAAAACCGGUAGCACUUCUAUCUAUAAUAGGAGGAUCAGACGAAUAUCUGCCUACUGAAACGAUUAGAAAUCAACUAAAAAGUGGUUUGCUUGCAAUUAUGAAAACAAUAAAUAUUUGGAUUAUUACUGAAGGAAGCAAAACAGGUGUUGCGGUGAUUGUUAAAGAAGUGAUUCAGGGAAAUAUUGGGAAAAGCAUACCUCAUGUUUUUCAUAGGGAUUCUAGUAUUACGCACGAGGAUCGAAACACAGGGCAAGCAGAAACAACAAGCGUUGAAGAUUGCAUUUUAGAUCACAUCAAGAUUCCAUUAAUAAUGAUUAUUGUUGGAGGCGAACAAGACUCAUUCGAGAUUGCAAUGAGUAACUUAGAGAAGAAAGUUCCUGUUUUAGUAAUUGAUGGAUCUGGAAGUGCGGCAGACUUUAUCUCUAAGGGGUACAGAAUGAGCACGCAUAAAAAAAGUGAAGAAAAGACCUUGUUCUAUGAUACAUUCAAAUCUGAAAUGACAGAUGCAGCAAAAAGCAUAUUUACUUCCAAUGAUGAACAGAAUACUUCUGACUCAAGUUGUGAGAUUCUGGCAGAACAACUGCAUAAUGGAUUGGAGAUAAAUCGGAAAUGUAUUUAUGUGCAUUCGGUAAACGAUACCACAUACACAUUAGAGAGGACUAUCCAAGAUAUAUUAUUCCAGCUAUUUUGUGAAGACACGAAAAAUUCUCUACAGCUACAAAGAAGCAUACUGCGUUUUGUAAAUUUAUGGAACAGACCUGAUAUUGCAGAGAAAGAAAUAUUUAAUUUAGAAAACAGAAAAGUGUUAAAGAUUUUACAGGAAGAACUAUGCACCAAAAGCAGUUUAGCAGAACUAUUCAAGAAUUCAUUGGUGAGCGACAGAGUAGAUAUGGUUAGGCUAGUGCUUGAAUUUAUCCCGGUUAAAGAACUAUAUGAAAAGUUUUUAAAUAUACAUAUCAAAGACUUAUAUAAGGACACCGGUAACAUAACAGGACAUUUGAUUGGAAAGCAGGACGCAUCCACAGAAAAGAACAUUGUUGUGAGGAUAAACGAAGCAGUGAUAAAGAUACUGGGAAGCAAAGAAAUGAAACCGUUUUCGGCAGAUGCUGAAAAAGAAGGGAUACGGGAUAAAGAUAUUUUCAAGCAUCUGUUUAUCUGGUCAGUUCUUAUGAACCGAAAGGAGUUGGCGAUGUUGUUUUGGAAAAAAGAAGACAAAGACUUUAUAUGUUCUGCACUAUAUGCAAGUUCCCUUGCAAAAAAGCUUGCUGAAAAUGCCAGCGUGGAAGCAUAUACAGAUCAACAGGCAGCUUUUUGGGAAAGCCAUAGAUAUUAUGAAGACCUUGCCUACAGUGUGAUGACAGAAAUGUAUUUUGAGGAUAAAACUCAAGCUCGGCAACUUUUGGUUACAGAAGUGGAAAGCUAUAAUUUUACAACAAUUUUUGAAAUAACUGAAAAUUCUACACUUAUGAAGUUUAUGGGACAUGCUGCCUGUCAAACGCAGAUGAAUAAAAUUUGGAAAGGUUGUAUUUUAAGUGACACUUCAAAUCUUAAGGCGAUUACUGCUGCAUUUAUCCCAAUUCUAAUAUUGAAUAUAGUGAAUAUAGAAGAUGGUCAACAUGGUAAAUCGGACGUGUCGAAAACACCAGAACAGGAAAACAAUUCUAAUGGGACUUCUCCACAAACUCCAAUUGAAUGGGGGAAAUUGAUGAGAAAACUAUAUUACUUUUACAACUCCCCUUUGGUGAAAUUUUUUUUCUUCGUUGUUUCAUAUAUGGCAAUGCUAGUGAUAUUCAGCAUAUUCGUAUUGACAGAUUUAUAUCCAAUGUCUGAGAAAUACCCGUCUGUUAAGGAGUGGAUUGUUUAUGUGUGGGCAGCAUCGACAUUGACAGAGGAAAUAAGACAGGCUGUUGUUAUCAAGCAAUUGUCAUUGAAUACAAUGACCUGGUUUACAUUUUGGACACUCUAUGAAAUUUUGAUGUACUGUCUAUUCAUUACAUCUGUAUUUAUGCGAUUGACCUUGAAAGCCGAGGAUUUCUAUCAUGCUCGAAUGAUGUAUUCACUAACAUUAGGGAUAUUUAUUAUCAACAGCAUGCAAUUUUUUCUUGUUUCUAAACAUAUUGGAACAAAAGUCAUCAUGAUUGGAAGAAUGAUGUUUGAUAUUUUUUUCUUUAUCUUGAUCUUUGCCGUGUUCGUGUUUGGAUUUGGUAUAAUUUACCAAGCAACAAUGUACCCCAAUUCCAUUCUAGGAUAUCACCUUUUUAAGGAAAUCAUAUACAUGCCAUAUUGGCAAUUGUAUGGAGAAUUGUUCUUAGAGAAUUUUGAAGAAAAAGAUCCAUCUACGUGAACGAAUAAUGUAACAUUACAACGUGAUGAAACUAUUACUCGAUGUCCAGAAGUAAAUCAGAUAAAUACUGUGCUAUUGGCUGUUUACAUGGUGGUAACACACAUUAUUCUUGUCAAUCUUCUCAUUGCGAUGUUUACGCAUACAUUUACAAAAGUUCAAGACAACAACGAGUUGGUUUGGAAAUUCCACAGAUUUUCCCUUAUCCGGGAGUACUAUGAUAGAUCGUCAUUGGUACCACCGUUUAUUAUCAUCAGUCACAUCAAAAGGGCUUUUGUGUCUGUCGUUCCUAACUGUGUAGAAAGAAAAAAGAACAAGUUCAAAAUGAGUCAUAAAACAGCAAGUAAAGAAUUGGCUAUUCUAGAAAGAGCUGCAGUAUAUAGUCAUUUUAAUUCAUCUGUUCGGCUAAGAAGAAUUCAUGCAAAAAACAUGGAGGCUGAAAAAGACGGGUUUGAAGCUAGUUAUGAAGAUUCAGAUCUAAGCUUGCAAGAGCAAUUUAACUUAUUGACGUCUGAGGUAGAUAUACUACAGAAAAAUCAAGAGGAAACUCUGAAGGAUGUAAAACAAAUAAAGGAAACAAAACAGAAUCUGUUGAUAGUCGAACUUCCUACAGGUUCACCCAAACGAACAUAUGAACCGGUGGAAGUACCUAUAAAGCCAAGUGAACAUGAUAUAUGAUAUUUACAGUGAACUUGAUUUGAAACAGAUCGGGAGAUCUAACUAUUGGUACCGUUCGAAUUCUUUUUUUUUCAGUUUGGGAUGCAAAGCUUUUGAAUAUAUCUUUAUGAUUUUUGUA